UUUUUAAGUCAAAAGAGGGAAGUUCGUCGGGCUAUAAAUAGGUACAGAUGCAGAAAUAACCAAGGACCGAGCAAGACUGCACUCUUCAUAGUCAGAAGAGUAUGGAGAUGAAGAUAGUAAUGGUGGUGAAAUUCUUCUGUGUUUUUGUGAUGAUUGGUUGGGCAAGAGCAUGGACAGGGGAAAUCAAUGGGAGAGUGAUGUGUGAUGUUUGUGCUGAUUCAUCUAUUGGACCUGAAGAUCACAUCUUGGAAGGUGCGGAGGUGGCUGUGCUGUGCAUUACCAAGUCUGGGGAGGUUCUUAAUUACCAAGCAUUCACCAAUUCGAAAGGCGUCUACUCAGUGGCUGAGACAAUGCCUGAGAGUAACCGAUGGGAUUCAUGCUUAGCAAGGCCAAUCAGUAGCUUCCACCACCAUUGCACCCAACUGAGCAACUCCAAUCGAGCCAUCCACUUCUCUUAUAGCCGACCUUCUGGUUAUUCUCACAGUCUCAAGCCAUUCUUGUAUAAGCCUAAUACCACUCCCCUUUAUUGUUCUUGAAGUGGUGUUGGUCCCUUGUUGAAGGUGUCAAUAUACAUAAUCAAUAUGGCUGAUUGGGGAAAAAGAAAAAGCACUUUCAUGUAUGCAAGUUAGAAAAUUGCUUAUGUACUGAGAAAUGCCUAAAUGGCUGAUUAUAAUACUAUCUGAAGGUGAUUUGCUGCGAGAAGCUUGAUUUUGGGAAUGA